ACAUUUAUGCUUGGAUACAGUCGAGAUAUCAGAGAAGACGAUCUGUAUGGACCUCUACCUGAACAUAGAUCUGACGUUUUGGGUGACUCUAUCCAAAAAGCCUGGGAUCUAGAAGUCAAAACACAGUCUGAAGAUGACAAAAAACCUAGUCUUUUGAAAGUUUUGGCGAAGGUGUUCGGUGUAGAACUUAUGCUUUACGGUUUGAUUCUAGCAGCAGUGGAAUUUAUAAUCAGAUUACAGCAACCACUAUUUCUGGGUCUAUUACUCCGGUAUUACAGUCCAGCGCAAGACAUGUUUAAUUCCACAUCUACUUCGACGUAUCUGUCACGUCUUCAUUCCUACUACGAUAUGUCGAGUGGAGUGUCUUGGGGGGAGGCCGUGUUCUUCUCCUUCGGGGUGGUCUUCUGCAGCAUGAUCAACGUGAUGGUGCAGCAUCCGUUCAUGAUGGGUGUCAUGCAUAUUGGGAUGAAGAUGCGCGUGGGCAUAUGCAGUCUUAUUUAUAGAAAAGCCUUAAAAGUAAGCCUCCAAGCAAUGUCAGAGACUAGAGGAGGUCUCGUUGUCAAUCUGAUGGCCAAUGAUGUGAACCGAUUUGAUACUGGUCCUCUAUUCGUACACUACCUUUGGAUUGGACCAUUGGAAACUAUUUUCAUGACUGUUUAUUUAUAUCGAGAAAUGGGAAUGUCAGCCAUUUAUGGAGCUUUAGUAGUAUUUGCAGUUGUCCCGUUUCAAAUAUUUUUGGGCUCCCGUACAGCGUUUUAUAGACGCAACACCGCAGCGAAAUCUGACGAAAGGGUACGUCUCAUGGAGGAGAUCGUUGUUGGGAUGGAAGUUAUCAAAAUGUACACGUGGGAACAGCCAUUUAGAAAGAUCAUAGAUACAGUGCGUCGACAGGAGAUCUACUUCAUAAAGAUGACGUCAUACAUCCGUGGUGUUGUGAUGUCGUUUAUAAUGUUUACAUCCCGAUUCAGCAUCUUCAUAACAAUGUUGCUAUACGUCACAUAUGUGUCAAGAAUCACAGUGGAGAAUGUAUUCUUUCUUACCUGCUACUACAACAUAAUGAAGCAAACCAUGACACUCUUCUUCCCUCAAGCUGUUGGCCAAGUAGCUGAAAUGAUGGUGGCAAUACAGAGAAUAAAUGAUUUUCUAUUGAGUGAAGAAUGUCAUUUCCCACCCAAAGAUCCAUCAGAUGUUACAAAACCCGAAAUCAAAAAGCUCAAAAAACGCGUCACAAUUUCAAUGGAUCCCAUUAAGCCUCUUCGUAAACGACCACAAAAGAAACCUCAGCCAAGCACUUCAAAAGAGAGCAAUCCUAAAGAAGUAGAAAAAGAAGAAGUUAUUAUUAAAUUCGACGACGCAAGUAGCAGGUGGAUUAAAUCUUCAGAACUCGACGAUGUUUCUAAUAUAUGUUUGUCUAUUUAUUCUCGAACCUUGAACAUAGUGAUAGGCGCUGUGGGCUCUGGCAAGUCCACCUUAUUACAUAUGAUGCUGAACGAGCUGCCCUGCUGCAGUGGCUCCAUGACUGUAUCGGGAACUGUUAGUUACGCCUCUCAGGAUCCCUGGCUUUUUGUAGGAUCCGUUCGCCAAAAUAUUCUGUUUGGGCAGCCAUUCAUAAAAACCCGGUAUAUGGAGAUAUGCAAAGUUUGCGCCCUGGAGAGGGAUAUAUCCCUGUUCCCGCACGGGGACAAAACUAUUGUUGGGGAGCGCGGGGUCUCGUUAAGUGGAGGUCAAAGGGCUAGGAUAAAUUUGGCCCGGGCUAUAUAUAAAGAGGCCGAUAUUUAUUUGUUGGAUGAUCCCUUAUCUGCUGUGGACACACAAGUUGCGAGACAUAUAUUUGAAAGCUGUAUAAAAAGAUACCUUUCAAACAAAACUGUAGUAUUGGUAACUCAUCAACUGCAGUUCAUAAAACAAGCGAAUCGCAUUGUCAUAAUGGACAACGGAAGUAUUCUUGCGGAGGGUGAAUUUGACGACCUCAAUGAUCAAGAACUAGAGAUAAUCCAGCUGAUGCAGGAGAAAGUCCGCGAAGUGAAGGAAGAGGAUUUGAUGUCGUCCGUACAGAGCACAGGCAGUUUCUUAAGCGCUAAGAGGUCUCAUUGGUCUUACUGGUCGCUCAUGUUUGAGUCUGCUGAUCAGAAACCAGAAGUGGAGGUUCAGACGAUGGGACGAGUUCACGGCUCAAUAUAUAAGGAAUACUUCUUGGCAGAUGCUGCAUGUCCUUACUUCUUCUUAGUGACUCUGAUGUUCGUUCUAGCACAAUUCUUUGCGAGUGCUAGUGAUUACUGGAUUAGUAAAUGGAGCAAUGCAGAAGAUCACUUGACAGGUGACGCCACAAUGGAUAACUUGUUGUGGUCCCAGUAUGGGCUGAUGAGAAAGGAUUUCGUCAUCAUAUUCGGAGUUAUCACUAUUGCAACAGUAGCUAUAGCCCUCAUUAGAGCUUUCUUAUUCUUUACGCUUUGUAUGAGGUCAUCUAUAAGACUCCACGAUCAAAUGUUCGAAUGUAUUUCUCUAUCACCAAUGAGUUUCUUUCACGCGAAUCCUUCGGGCCGGAUUUUGAACAGAUUCAGCAAAGACAUGGGGUCUGUCGACGAGCUUCUGCCCCAGGCUAUGCUCGAUUGUUUCCAAAUUAUGUUGAACUUAGUUGGCGUGAUAUUCGUAAUUUUGGUUACUGAAGUGACUCUACUGAUACCCAUUGCAACCGCUUUGAUCAUAUUUUUCAUUUUUCGACUGAUAUAUAUUCGAACUACUGGUGCUAUCAAACGGCUGGAAGGAAUAACACGAAGUCCCGUCUUCAGUCACGUAAACGCGACGAUUCAUGGACUGCCUACCAUCAGGUCAUUCGGAGCUGAAAUGCUCCUCUCCAAGGAGUUCGACAGACACCAAGACCUACACAGCUCCGCUUGGUACCUCUUCAUCACUUGCAGCCGCGCGUUUGGCUAUUUUCUGGACAUCAUCUGUUUGCUCUUUAUCAUUUGUGUCACCUUCAGCUGUUUGAUGAAAACUGACAUAGAUGGCAGUAUCGUAGGCCUGAUAAUAACUCAAUCCAUAUCUCUGACCGGCAUCUUCCAAUGGGGGAUGCGGCAGUCCGCGGAAAUGGAGAACCAAAUGACUAGCGUUGAACGAGUUUUGGAGUACACGGCAUUACCCAAGGAAUCUACUGUCAUGGGGCCUUCCAGUGACGAUCCACCUGAAGGUUGGCCAUCGGAAGGAGCCAUUGCCUUCGACAACCUCAGUCUGAAGUACAGUUUGGAAGGGAGUUAUGUGCUGCAAAACUUGCAGUUCAAUAUUAAGCCUCGCGAAAAGAUAGGAAUAGUUGGAAGAACUGGUGCAGGCAAAUCGUCCAUCAUCCAAGCAAUGUUCCGCUUGGCGUAUAUCGAAGGGAUAAUUUCUAUUGACCGUGUGGACAUCACCACUAUCAAACUGGACUCCUUGAGGCAGAAGAUAUCUAUUAUUCCUCAGGAGCCGGUAUUGUUCAGCGGGACUCUGCGAAGGAAUCUCGACCCUUUUAAUGAGUACCCAGAUGAAGUAUUGCUUGCAGCGCUGUAUAAUGUCGAACUUCUGUCUGACGAAGGGGAUGUUGAGGCGUUAAACAAGCAAGUAUCGGAGUGUGGAGCCAACUUCAGCGUGGGCGAACGCCAACUCGUGUGCCUCGCCCGGGCUAUCGUCACGAACGACAAGAUUUUGUUACUCGACGAGGCCACGGCGAACGUGGACGCGCAGACGGACGCCCUGAUCCAAUCGGCCAUACGGGACCACUUCAAGGCUUGCACAGUGAUAACUAUAGCACAUAGGCUCAACACUGUCGUCGACUCCGAUAAGAUCCUAGUCCUGGACGCCGGUCGCGUCAUGGAGUUCGAUCACCCCCACAUCCUCUUACAAAAUAGGAAAGGCUAUUUCCGAAAAAUGGUGGCUGAAACAGGACCCGCCAUGACACAACUGCUUCACAGGCAGGCCGCUGAAAGUUACCAAAACAAGACAGCGGAGGAAUAA